CACAUCCUUCCCCUGGCUAUGUUAUAACCCCCCGCCUUCCUGUGUUUCUCCAUCUCACUAGCAUAAUGAUAUGCCCCGCCAGUUACCCUCUUUUCAAAUGGCAAUCGUUUGAUGUUUAUUCCCACUUCAUAGUAACGACUCUUCAUUCAGAGUCAGGAUCAUGCACCUCGCAGCAGGACCACGGUUUGCUCCCGUAGCCCAAUACGCAACCAUGUUGCCAUGACAACAAAGGCGGGGCCAAGCAUUAACCAAUGCAACUUACAUGUGCCACGCCGAGACCCGCCCCCAUGACAGGGAUACGAGGUACGGCAGCCCUCAGUUAUCUAGGAAAUGGUCAGCCACGCCUCGGUGAGCCUGAUCAGGAUAAGCAGCUAGGAGCUGGAUGGAUGGGUAGUCAGCCAUAUCUCCUGAUAAGCGAAUCCACAAAACACAGCCUGCUGAUGGACCCAAGCUACAUGUAAGGGCAAAGAUGUCCGCUGCUAACUCUGGAGGAGGGUUCCAGUCCACGUGAAACCGUCCCCUAUUAUUGUUAUCCAUCCAUUUUCUGUACCCGCCUGUCCUAUGCAGGGUUGCAGGAGUCCAGAGCCUAUCCUGGAAGCUACAGGUACCAGGCAAGGAAAAAACCUAGGAUGGGGCGCCAAUGCGGAACAAGCAAACUCCACACAUACAGCCAGGGUGCAAACCAGAACGCUGGUCCAGAGGCAUGAGACAACAGUGCUAACCACCAUUAUUAUUAUUGCUGCUCCUACAAGGCUAACUAUAAUAAUUACAAUAUAACAGUAAUAGCUGCAUAUUAAAGAACUUAUCAGGACAAUAUCGGGUGCAGUAGCCCUUGGAUUUGUAUUGUUCAUAGAAUUUGGCCCUCUGGAAAAAAUAAUUGGGGACCCCUGGUGUAGAGUAUGAAGAAUACCAGGCGUGCUUUUUAAAUCACACAUCUGGUCAUCUGGAAUAUUUCAUAUCUGUCUUAUAUUAGACUCUACAGAACAACUGGAGCACAGUUUAUAAGAUUAAAACAAACAGAAAAAACCAAACUGGUCACCUGUGCAGCGGUAAGAUCCUGCCGUCAGCGGCUUGUGUGGCUGAUGCCCACUAAAAUGGACACUAAUGCUCCCCACACCCCACCCCCCCAUUGGGGGGGCGAAGGGGGCCUCAGAUGUGGAUGGCGGGCGACACGUCUAUUUCAUAUUUCAGGCACCGGGCAGCUCUGUCAUCGCAGCUCGUAUCAAACGUAUCAAACAUGCAUUCCAGAGGGUAAUAACAGAAAGGAGCGAAUGCCAAAUACCCGAGGACGAGGUGAAAGAGGAGAGAGAGGGAGAGAGAGGGAGGGAGAGGAGAGGAGCAGGGGGAAAGUAGGACAAAGGCACACAGAAGGUAAGAAAAAUAUUGUGGGCGUUACUCCAGGUCAACCUCUCUGCCAAAAAACUUCAUAAAAGUUUGUGUGCCCAGGUGGAGCAGAAGUGUGAGUAGCUGAUAUGGGGUUCGGGUCACCACCAGGGGGUCUAGCUCCCCCAAAAUCAGUGCCUUUGCCCCUCCCCCCCAAAAAAACAAAAACAAACAAAAGUUCACCCAAUAGUGCUAUAAGAAAAUAACGAAGAAUACCUUUAUUGUUGGCCUACCCCUCCCAGCAUCCUGGUUGCUCCACUGCUCCCUACUCAUGCCACCCCCCUCCCCCAUGAAAAUAUGAGGCCCAGGUGACAGGUUUGUUCUGCCACCAACACUGGAGUACAAUCAUGAGGGAUAAACAGACCAGCCCCCCCCCAACAUACAGCCCUGCAGUACAGACAGACAUACAGACAUCUGAUGACAGGAGACAGACCAAACACUGUCUGCUAAGUCUCUCAGGUGAUCUGUGGUUUCAUUAUUGAAGACAGAUGUUCGGCACCCCCGUGCGUCAGUCGGCUGCGUACUGAGCAUGUGCAGAGCCAUCUGGCCCUACUGUGAGCAGCAAGGCUGUAUUCUCGGUCCAACAUGUCCUGGGCGCGUCCGGACAGGCUGGAGGGGGUCCAGCUUGCUGGCCUGUCCUGCCCAGUCCAGCACGAAUAAACACACUAGUACUGGGCCGAAAGUCCACGCUUACAUAACUCUGCAAAAUACUGAUUUCAUGCACACAUACCUGAGACAGAACUGUGUACACACUGAGUCACACACUGCAGAGCAUACUGUAGCAUGGCUUAUUAAGCCAACUCAAAACAAGAGAAGUUGUAAGCUGUUCUAUGUGUUCCUGUAUGUCUAAGCAUAUCACUCUUGUUUCUGUUACUGUGUUUCUGUUACCAGCAAUUAAAUGUCUUUAAUACACGAAUCAAGUGGUCAUGUUACCAUCAGUUCAAGAAAACCGCAAACAUGUUCAACAUCUCAGAUCAUAUUCAACACUAUUCCAGCGGUUAGCAUAAUUAGACAAGGCUGACGCACCAUUUUCAUGUCAGGUAUAUUUAAGUUUUUUUUUGCUAGGGUUUUUUUUAAUUAUUAUUUUAUUGUCUGCACUUGCAAGAAAGUCGGGGAGUAUUUUAAAUGCAAACGGCAGAAAGGCUAAGUGCAGCCAUGAAUCCCAGUGCUGAAUCCCGUCUCCGUUUCGCCCAUUCUCCGCUGCAUUUUGCCUACCUGGCGAUCGGUUCGGGCUCCCUGGUACACGUGAAAGCAGCAGCGGAUCGGCAGCCAAUCAGCGCAGAGCCGCCCUUCACCACUAUAAAGACAGCAGACCUGGGAUCGGACACAGUCUUGACUGUUACGGUCUCGGGAGGGUACGACCAAGUAGCUGUUCAUGCAUGAACUCAUGAAGAAGACUGCCGGGUUUCUAUAAACGCGCUUCCAGCUUUAAAGUCUGAAGAUUAAUCGGUUGGCACGUUUUUAAAAUAACAGCGUAUUCCGGUCGUCGUCUGGAUUUUCUUUUUCGCUCUAAAGUUAAAAAUCAGCUAAUUUUGACAAGAUGCGCCUGAUCCAGAACAUGUCUACUAUCGCGGAAUACCCAUCGACCGAGUGUCCCGGUGGCAGGAUCCUCAAGAUCGCUGUCCUUGGGGGCAGUGGAGUUGGAAAAACCGCCCUUGUAGUGAGAUUCCUCACUAGGCGUUUCAUCGGUGAUUACGAGCGAAACUCGGGUACUCUGUACUCAAGAGAAGUCCAGGUUGACGGAGAACAAGUGGCGAUUCAGGUGCAAGACACCCCAGGACUCGAUUGUGAGGCAGGAACCACACUCUGUGUCACAGAUCAGGUGACCCGUUCCAUCCAAUGGGCAGACGCUGUGGUCCUGGUCUACUCUGUGACAGUCGACCGGAGCUUUGACCUGAUUGCCCAGCUGCACCAGCAUGUGCGCACCUGCCGGCCAGAUGCCCGUGUGCCCAUUGUGAUCCUGGCUAAUAAGGUGGACCUGCUCCACGUGCGGCAGGUGGACACUCAGAGGGGCCUCCUGCUGGCCGCUACACUAGGCUGUGCCUUCUGCGAGGUGUCCGCCAGUGAGGGUGAUGGCCAGGUGUGCAGUGCCUUCCACCUGCUUUGCAGGGAGCUGGGCAAGCAGGCACCCCCUGCUGGCACAGCGGAGAAGAGGCGUUCGCAGCUUUUGCCACGCCCCAAGUCACCCAACAUGCAGGACCUGAAGCGGCGUUUCAGACAGGUGCUGUCGGCCAAGGUUCGCACGGCCACCUCCGUGUGAGGUGCUCAUUGUGCCUGACUACCGUGUCACUUCCUGUUGAAGUGGAAUGAGUCAUACAUCCUACAGCUGCGACUGCCUAAACUCCCUCUGACUCCUGGGAAACUGCUGGAUUUUCAGGGAGGAGACUCUGCCAUCCAUUGACAAGCAGCUCUCCUCUGCCAUGUGGAAAGAGCAGAUACAGAUUUAAAGGGAAGUCCGCAGACAGGAUGUACUCUGAAAGCAGAACUGCAGUCCUUGGCAGCCUGAUGAGUGGGAAGGCAGAUGCCUCUCCUCCUGAUUGGUGUCAAGUCUGCUUUAUAAGAGGCACACCUCAGCCUGAAGUCUGCUCUGGGCUGUGCCCCUGUCCCAUAAUCCACCUUUUUUGAUGUUCUUUUUUUUUUUUUUUUGGGGGGGGUCUGAUU